GCACUAGAUGCUUAAUGAUUUUAAAGUUCUCUUAACAUAAUAUACUCAUCCUAAUUUGAUCACAUGUUUCGGAGCUUAUUAUGAAGAAGGCACAAUAAAAAUAAUUUUAGAAUUAAUGGAUUUUGGAUCAAUUAGAAAUCUAAUUGAUAUGCUUAAGGAAAUCAAUUAUUGUUAUUUAAGUAAGAUAUUAUGCAAUCAAAAAUAUUAAUAUCAUUUUUUUAUCUUAAAAUAGCUAUUAAAAGGCUUAGAGUUUUUGCAUAAAGAAAGACAUUAAGUUCAUAGAGAUAUAAAGCCAGAAAAUAUUCUUAUUAACAAGAGAGGUAAUGUAAAGUUAACUGAUUUCGGUAUUAGUAAGCAGUUGGAAAAAACUUAAUAGCUAUGCAUGACGUAUGUAGGAACUACUUUAUAUAUGAGCCCAGAAAGACUCAUAGGAAAUUAGUAUGGUUUAAGAAGUGAUAUAUGGAGUGUAGGUUUAGUAAUUAUAGAAUUAGCAACAGGACUGUAUCCUUACGAUGUUAAAAAUAAAUCUAUUGUAUAAUUUGUUUCUAAUAUCUUGCAAUCUAAAGAACCAACACUACCUGAUAAUGGCAAAUAUUCAGCUGCAUUGAUGGACUUUGUUAAAAAAUGUGUUGCAAAAGAAUAAAAAGAUAGAUUAGAUAUUUCUGAUUUAUUGAAACACGAGUGGAUUACAUAAUAUAAUAUGGCAGAUGAUAAAUAAAUUAAUUUAUUAUAAUAAUAUUUAUAGCAUUUAGAGUUGUCCUAUUAUCAAUUUAAAUAAGCUUAAGCAUAACAAGCCGAAGAGUAGUAAUAAUGA